UUAUCCAAUUGAAACCUCGCUCGGUAAGCCAAGCAUCACUCCUGAACUUUUUUCUUUCGUUCUGUGGAUCAGCUCACAAAUUGCAAACUGCAAAACCCAAAACCCAAAAAGCAAACAAAGCAAACAAAGCAAACUAUCGAUCAACCAUAUCUUUUUUUAAGAUUCAAAGACAAAGACAAGCAAUGACGAAGGAAAACGAAGCUACCGCAACGGCGGCGAGUGUCCCAGAAGGUUCUCCCGAAGCCAACGACAGCAAUGACAAUGUCAAGGGCGAAUCGAGCAAGAGUCCUCCCUCCCGUCGCAACCUCUACUUGGCGUUGGGCGUGGUCUUUCUCGCCGUCGUGGCGUUGUGUAUUGCGUUGCCUCUGGCAUUGAAGGACCGUGGAAAUGAUUCCCAAAGCAGCACCGCUUCCAGUACUGAAGCCAGCACUACUGGAGGUACUGGUAAUACUGCAGGCUCAACCGGUGCAGCAGAGACCAAGGAUCCCAACGUCCAAGUGGGAGGAGAAGUCGUUGUCCUCAAGGAUAUGACCAUUCCUCUCUUUGGAACUCAAAUCACAAAUGGAUAUGCAAAUCAACAAGAACUAGAGGCAGCAUUGACCGUCGCUUUGCGCACUCAGGCUCAAAACAUUAUUCACAAAAAGCUACAGGAACAAGAGUUUCAAGAAGAAGCUUUGAGGGAAACGGAUCAAGCGGCUGGACCUCCACCCAUGGCCAUGGCAGAUGGGGGCGUCGCAGAAGAAUCAGCUUCUUUCAGUUCCUUGGCGGCUGGUGGAGCUGCGGAUGCUGCGGAUGCCGGAGGUGUCACGGACUUUGAAACCAACAAUCAGGAAGAAAAUGUGGAUGAAGCAGACAUCAUCAAGGCAGAUGCAAACUUUGUCUAUGCCGCCUACGGAGACUACAUUCUCAUUUGGGAUACCAAUGGGAAAAAGAUUGCUCAAGUCGCAAUGCCAUCCAUUGAUUUGCCAGAGAACUGGGGACAACCGGAAACAGUCGAAAAGGCACAGGCAAAGUCAAUGCUGGCACCCGAUCACGUUUGGAUUCCAAAACCACACAUUAGUUCCAUGCUACUCACCGAUAAUCACCUCAUUGCCAUCGUACAAGGAUACGGACACGAUUACCACUGGGGAGCACCACCUGUUGGGCAAGAAACUGUCUCCAGGAUCCUUUACGACUACCAAGCAUCGCAGCUUCGACUAUACGAAAAAUCGGCUACUGGAAACCUCACAUUUGUCGGAAAGAAAGAUGUCAACGGACAUUACAUUGAUGCCCGAUCCGUUGGGGAUGUUGUACACAUCGCUACAGGUACUGGCGUGGACAUGUGGACACAUUUGUGGGGACCCUUGGAUCGAUGGAACUUUGAGGAAGAUAUCGCUGACGAAGACUACGAAAUUCAAGCCAUGGACCUUGCCGAACAAACCCUCAUCCCCACCAUGGCACGACAACUCGCGUCGGAAUUGCAAACCAGCGAUGGAUCCAUUCCCAACAUGCUGCAGAUCAAUCAAUGGAUGACGCAACUCACAGACACCGACACCGAAGAUGAUGCCACCGAUGGCGCAACCCCAAAUGUCAUUCCCUUUGAUCAGUACGAUGUUAUCAGCAACGUCGCUCAAGUCACGUCCUUCAAUGUCAACUCGCCAUCGGUCAGCUACUCGGGAGAGGAGGAAUUGGAUGUUUCGACCAGUGCCUACAUGGCUCCUUCGUAUUUCGAUACCCUCUACGGAACCGAAGAUCAUCUGGUAUUGGCUACUUCCGGAUGGGAUUGGAAUGCCACGCUGGGCGAAUCCACUCAAACGACCUACCUCGUGGCUCUUUCCAUCGAUAGUAAUGAUGCUUCUACCUCGUUCUUGUCGGUUGGACACUUGAAGGGGCAUUUGCUCAAUUCGUACGCUUUGGAUAUCUACGGAGACGAGUUGAGGGCUGCCACCACCGUCGAGCGCAACCGCUGGUGGUGGGGACGACCAGGCCCCAUGCCCUUUGUGGAUCCUGUAAUGGUGGAAGAUGUCGCUGUCGAGGCCGUUUCAGCACAGGCCGUCGAAGAAGAACCAGUUGCUUCGCUGCAAUCCAGCAAUCAGUGUGUCGAACCAACCACCGAUGAAGACUGCAUCAGUCAGGAGAGCUACAACCAGUGCCUUGCAAUUGCCAAUGCUGGAUGCGAAGUUGUUGUCCAGAGUAUCGACUGUCCUCCUUUAUUUUCCUGUGCCGAUGAUCGAGCAGGCCUUUGUCCUGUACCCGGAAAUGGAGACAAUUGCGUCGAUGCCGACAACUACAAAGAAUGUCUCAAUCUUGUCAAGGAGGGAUGUAGUGAACUCAACAUCUUGGAAUCUUGUCCGGUCCAAUAUGAAUGUGGCGUCUUUGGUGGAGACGAGCUACCGAUAUUUCCUCCCGUACCACCCCCACCCGAGGAUGAUGAGUCACGAACCGAAAACUACAUGACGGUGCUCAAAUUGACGGGAGGAUCCACACCCGGACAAAUGGAGAAGAAGGGAGAUGUCAUGAUUGGUGAAAAACAUGAACGUAUCACGGCUGUUCGCUUCUUUGACAAUGUUGCUUAUGCCGUCACCUUUGAACGAACCGAUCCAUUCUACGUCUUAGACAUGUCCGUACCCGCCGUCUUGGGAGAACUCAAGUUGCCCGGAUUUUCCAGCUAUCUCCAUUCGAUGAAUGCCGAGAAUACGCUUCUUUUGGCGGUGGGCCAGAACGCCACAGACAAUGGGGUUGUUACCGGGUUGAUGGUCACUGUCUUUGAUGCAACGAAUCCUGCCGACCCUCGCGCACUUGUCAGCCAUACCUUUGAACAGGACCCCAACGCUCAUUCCAGCAGCAACGUUGAAUGGGACUACAAGGCCUUCCGCUACGUCGAUGGCAAACUGGUGAUCCCACUCAGUAUCUGGUACUAUCAAGAAUGGAACCAAACCACACAACAGUUGGAUCCUCUCCCGGACGGAGUUGAAAACUUUCAAGGAUUUGCUGUCUUGAGCGUGAGUACAACCUCCAUCACGGAGCAGUACCGAAUCUCUCACAAGAAAGAUGAAGGAGAAUGUCAUUACUGUGGUGGAUUCCUGCCAACCCGUAGCUUUGUUUAUUCUGGAGACUUGAUGACGGUUCGCGACAACGUCGUGGUCAGCACUGGCCUGAACAGCGGUGAAGAAGUGUGGAGGUUGUUUCUUUCUGUGGAUGGGGAAUCUGCUGAAUGCUGCUGGUAAAGAUUGGGGUUGGAAGAGCCUCCCGGUCCAGCUAGCAAGGACGUCUGUGUUGCUGGAUCUGACCCUUGCAUAUUUCCAUAUGUCCAAAUCCUUGACCUGUUAAAAAACACGAAGAAUGUUGAUAUUAUUAUUAGUAUCACUGAACGGCAAUGUUCUACUAGCUAGCUAGUACUCGCAUGCAUUGACUGUCCUUUUACUACAUGUAGUGGCAAGAACCAAGCCAGGGCGGAACACAUCGGUUAAGGAACGAGUCACGAAGCCAGCCACAAAUGCUUUGUUAAUAAAUAGCUAGCUACUAGUAGACUGCAGCAGACAAUGUAACAUAAGGAUGUUGAUAUAUUAUUUAAAUGCCUCUUCGUCAUCUUCAUAAUGAAACCCAGCAAGGUUUUGAACCAGACUG